AUGGUGAAGUAUUUUUGGGUAGUCUCUUGUAUUUUGGCUACAUGGGCAAUGGUGGUCUCAGGUCACGGUCAUAUUCAUACUAGUGCACCUGUACAAUCACCGACAGAGGCUCCCGGGCCAGUAGGCGCACCUACCGUGGAUUGCAUGAGUCUUAUUUAUGAUAUGGCGGAUUGCUUAGCGUAUUUGAGCGUCGAUGGUGGCGAAGAUAAGCCAGACAAAUCUUGUUGUACUGGAUUCGAGACAGUUUUCAACACUGAUUCAAAUUGUAUAUGUGUAGCCCUGAAGAGUAGUGCCAGUUUGGGUAUUGAGGUUAAUAUGAGUAGUGUCAUGGCUUUGCCUUCUGCUUGUGGCGUCCAUGCUACACUUAGUUGCAACAUGUCCACAUCUCCUAGUACGUCUCCCGCUAAUCCUCCAACUCCAACAUCUCCGAAUCCUCCCACCAUUGCACCGACAUCAGCCACAAAAACGACUCCAGCGCCGAUAGCUCACUCCGUCCCCGUUGGAGGACCAGCUCCAUCUUUGGUUGCAACGAGCUCUGAAAAAGAAAUUAUUGCCCUUGUCUGGGGGAGGCACUCCAACAUGUCAGAAGCUCAAAGGAGGCCGAUGACUGGCGUCAAGCAUAAUAAGGGGUCCAUAAAUGGAUCUAUUCCAUUGAGGUCUCCUAGCGUGGUAUCUGAGGUGGAUGAGUUCUGUCAUGCUCUAGGAGGCAAGAAUCCAAUUCAUAGUAUCUUAAUUGCAAACAAUGGAAUGGCAGCUGUCAAGUUUAUACGUAGCAUUAGAACGUGGGCCUAUGAAACAUUUGGUACAGAGAAGGCAAUUUUGUUGGUGGCUAUGGCUACUCCGGAGGACAUGAGAAUAAAUGCAGAGCAUAUUAGGAUAGCAGAUCAAUUUGUAGAAGUUCCUGGUGGUACUAAUAAUAAUAACUAUGCUAAUGUGCAGCUCAUUGUUGAGAUGGCAGAGAUAACGCAUGUUGAUGCAGUGUGGCCUGGUUGGGGUCACGCAUCAGAGAAUCCAGAGCUACCAGAUGCAUUGAGUGCAAAAGGAAUUGUAUUUCUGGGGCCACCAGCUGCAUCAAUGGCAGCACUGGGAGAUAAAAUUGGAUCCUCAUUGAUUGCACAAGCUGCAGAAGUGCCCACUCUUCCAUGGAGUGGUUCUCAUGUGAAAAUUCCUUCUGAGAGCUGUUUGGUCACUAUCCCAGAUGACAUAUAUCGUGAAGCAUGUGUUCAUACAACUGAAGAGGCCAUUGCUAGUUGUCAAGUUGUGGGUUAUCCUGCAAUGAUUAAGGCAUCUUGGGGCGGCGGCGGCAAAGGCAUAAGAAAGGUCCAUAAUGAUGAUGAAGUCAAGGCUUUGUUCAAGCAAGUUCAGGGUGAAGUUCCUGGGUCCCCCAUAUUUAUAAUGAAGGUCGCUUCCCAGAGCCGACAUUUAGAAGUUCAGUUGCUUUGUGAUCAAUAUGGCAACGUUGUAGCUUUGCAUAGCCGUGAUUGCAGUGUUCAGAGGCGACACCAAAAGAUUAUUGAAGAGGGCCCUAUAACAGUAGCUCCCCUCGACACAGUAAAGAAGCUUGAGCAGGCUGCUAGAAGAUUGGCCAAAUGCGUGAAUUAUGUUGGAGCUGCAACUGUUGAGUAUCUAUACAGUAUGGAAACUGGGGAAUAUUACUUCUUGGAGCUAAACCCGCGGUUACAGGUGGAGCACCCUGUAACUGAGUGGAUAGCUGAAAUAAAUUUGCCUGCAGCCCAAGUUGCCGUUGGGAUGGGUAUCCCUCUCUGGCAAAUUCCAGAGAUAAGGAGAUUUUAUGGAAUGGAACAUGGUGGAGGAUACGAUGCUUGGAGAAAAACAUCUUUUGUUGCUAUUCCAUUUGACUUUGACAAUGCUGAGUCAACAAGGCCAAAAGGUCACUGUGUAGCUGUUCGUGUGACAAGUGAAGAUCCUGAUGAUGGUUUCAAGCCUACAAGUGGGAAAGUACAGGAACUGAGUUUUAAAAGCAAGCCAAAUGUUUGGGCUUACUUUUCUGUCAAGUCUGGAGGUGGUAUUCAUGAGUUUUCAGAUUCCCAAUUUGGACAUGUAUUUGCUUUUGGAGAGUCUAGAGCUUUGGCCAUUGCAAAUAUGGUUCUUGGGCUGAAAGAAAUUCAAAUAAGAGGAGAAAUUCGAACAAAUGUUGAUUACACAAUUGAUCUUUUACAUGCUUCAGAUUACAAGGAAAAUAAAAUACAUACAGGAUGGCUAGACAGCAGAAUUGCAAUGAGAGUCAGAGCAGAAAGGCCCCCUUGGUAUCUUUCCGUUGUUGGAGGAGCACUUUAUAAAGCUUCUGCUAGUAGUGCGGCCAUGGUUUCAGAAUACAUCGGUUAUCUUGAAAAAGGGCAGAUUCCUCCCAAGCAUAUUUCACUUGUCAAUUCUCAAGUUUCACUAAAUAUUGAAGGAAGUAAAUAUACAAUUAAUUUGGUAAGAGGAGGUCCUGGAAGCUACAGUCUAACGACGAAUGACUCAAAGAUUGAAGCAGAGAUACAUACUCUACGCGAUGGAGGUCUAUUGAUGCAGCUGGAUGGAAAUAGUCAUGUUAUAUAUGCAGAGGAGGAAGCAGCUGGAACGCGCCUUCUUAUUGAUGGAAGGACUUGCUUACUUCAGAAUGAUCACGAUCCAUCUAAGUUAGUGGCAGAAACACCAUGCAAGCUUCUAAGGUAUCUGGUAGUAGAUGGCUGCCAUGUUGAUGCUGACACACCUUAUGCGGAGGUUGAGGUCAUGAAAAUGUGUAUGCCCCUUCUCUCACCUUCUUCCGGAAAUAUCCAUUUUCUGAUGUCUGAAGGUCAAGCGAUGCAGGCUGGUGAGCUUAUAGCAAGACUUGACUUAGAUGAUCCAUCAGCUGUAAGAAAAGCAGAACCUUUUCACGGUAGCUUUCCCCUUUUGGGACCUCCAACUGCCAUAUCUGGAAAAGUUCAUCAACGGUGUGCUGCAAGUUUGAAUGCAGCUCGGAUGAUUCUGGCUGGUUACGAGCAUAACAUUGAUGAAGUAGUUCCAAACUUGCUUAGUUGCCUGGACAAUCCUGAGCUCCCUUUCCUUCAGUGGCAAGAAUGCUUUGCUGUCCUGGCAAACCGACUAUCCAAGGACCUUAGAUAUGAGUUGGAAGCAAAAUAUAAGGAGUACGAAGGAAUCUCCAAUAUGCCAACUGUUGACUUCCCUGCAAAAAUUUUGCGGGGUGUUCUUGAGGCCCAUCUAAAUUCCUACCCUGAAAAGGAAAAAGGAGCCCAAGAACGAUUAGCUGAGCCUCUAAUGAGUCUUGUCAAGUCAUACGAGGGUGGCAGAGAGAGCCAUGCCCGCAUAAUUGUUCGGGGACUUUUUGAAGAAUAUUUAUCAGUUGAAGAAUUAUUUAGUGACAAUAUCCAGGCAGACGUAAUUGAACGCUUAAGACUUCAUUACAAGAAAGAUCUCUCCAAGGUUGUUGACAUUGUGCUUUCUCAUCAGGGUGUUAGGAGUAAAAAUAAGUUGAUACUAUGUCUCAUGGAGCAGCUGGUGUAUCCUAAUCCUGCUGCAUACCGAGAUCAACUAAUCCGUUUUUCUGCACUCAACCACACAAACUACUCUGAGCUAGCAUUAAAGGCAAGUCAACUCCUAGAACAGACAAAACUCAGUGAGCUUCGUUCCAGUAUUGCCAGGAGUCUUUCGGAGUUAGAAAUGUUCACUGAAGAUGGUGAAAACAUGGAUACUCCCAAAAGAAAAAGUGCCAUAAACGAACGAAUGGAAGCCCUCGUCAGUGCUCCUUUAGCAGUUGAAGAUGCACUUGUUGGUCUUUUUGAUCACAGUGAUCACACACUUCAGCGACGGGUUGUCGAGACUUAUGUUCGCAGAUUAUAUCAGCCCUACCUUGUAAAGGGGAAUGUCAGGAUGCAAUGGCACAGGUUUGGACUUAUAGCAUCAUGGGAGUUCUUGGAAGGGCAUGUUGAUAGUAAGAUUGGGUCUGAGGAUCGAAUCUUGGAUGAGCCAUCAGUUGUAAAUCACAGUGAGAGAAAGUGGGGAUCGAUGGUUGUCAUCAAAUCUCUCCAAUUCUUGCCAACUGUGUUAACUGUUGCGUUGAGGGAAACAACACAUAAUUUGCAAAGUGUAAUUACCAAUGGAUCUGUUCAGCCAGCUAGUUAUGGUAACAUGAUGCACAUUGCGUUGGCAGGCAUCAACAAUCAAAUGAGUUUACUUCAGGACAGUGGUGAUGAGGAUCAGGCUCAAGAGCGAGUCAACAAGUUAGCCAAAAUAUUGAAAGAGAAAGAAGUAAGCUCCAGUCUGAGAAAUACAGGUGUGGGGGUUAUCAGCUGUAUCAUACAGAGAGAUGAAGGGCGAGGCCCUAUGAGGCAUUCCUUUCAUUGGUCAGCUGAAAAACUCUACUACGAGGAGGAGCCUCUACUGCGUCACCUGGAACCUCCUUUGUCCACAUACCUUGAGCUGGAUAAACUUAAAGGUUAUAAUGAUAUACGGUACACUCCUUCUCGGGACCGACAGUGGCACCUGUACACCGUUCUAGACAAACCUCUUUCCAUUCAGAGGAUGUUUCUCAGAACUCUUGUUAGGCAGCCCCUAUCAAAUGAAGGUCUGACAACAUAUCAAGGACUGGACCAGGGAGCAACUCAAUCUCUGUGGACUCUGUCUUUUACUUCAAGGAGCAUUUUGAGGUCCUUAACGUCUGCAAUGGAGGAACUUGAACUUAAUGUCCAUAAUUCUACUAUCAAAUCUGAACAUGCUCAAAUGUACCUCUAUAUCUUGAGGGAGCAACAAAUAGAUGAUCUUCUGCCGUACCACAAGAGAGCAGAUAUACCUGAUGGGUGUGAAGAAGCUGCAGUUGAGAAACUCUUGAGCGAGCUGGCACGGGAAGUUAAUGCAUCAGUUGGUGUCAAAAUGCAUCGUUUUGGUGUUUGUGAGUGGGAAGUGAAGCUUUGGAUAUCAUCUGAAGGAGAAUCUAAUGGAGCUUGGAGGAUUGUGGUUUCUAAUGUGACUGGUCACACUUGCAUCGUUCACAUUUAUCGAGAAGUUGAGGAUACCAGCAAACAACAAGUAGUCUAUCAUUCAACCUCUGGGCAGGGCUCUUUGCAUGGUUUGCCUGUGAAUGCAAAGUAUAAGCCUUUGGGAGUUCUUGAUCAGAAACGUAUUUUGGCCCGGAAAAGCAGCACCACUUACUGCUACGAUUUCCCGCUGGCAUUUGAGGCAGCUUUGGACAAAUCAUGGUCCCAGUAUUCUGGGAUCAACAACACUAAGGAUAAAGCCAACCUCAGAGUCGCAGAAUUGGUUUUUGCUGACCAGAAAGGUACAUGGGGCACUCCUCUUGUUUCUGUUGAGAGACAGCCUGGACUUAAUGAUGUUGGCAUGGUAGCCUGGCGCAUGGAAAUGUCCACACCCGAGUUCCCUUCUGGACGAACCAUUCUUAUUGUAUCAAAUGAUGUAACUUUCAAAAAUGGUUCUUUUGGCCCCAGAGAGGAUGCGUUUUUCCAGGCCGUAACUGAUGUUGCUUGCAUUCAAAAACUACCUCUUAUUUAUCUGGCUGCAAAUUCUGGAGCCCGUAUUGGUGUAGCCGAGGAAGUGAAAUCUUGCUUUAAAGUUGGCUGGUCUGAUGAAUCAAACCCAGAACGUGGUUUCCAAUAUGUUUACUUAACUCCUGAGGACUAUGCACGCAUUGGAUCAUCUGUGAUAGCACACGAACUAAAGCUUUCAAGUGGAGAAUCCCGAUGGGUAAUAGAUACUAUUGUAGGAAAGGAGGAUGGCUUGGGAGUUGAAAACUUAAGUGGUAGUGGAGCCAUUGCCAGUGCGUAUUCAAAGGCAUACAGGGAAACCUUUACCUUGACCUAUGUGACUGGUAGAACGGUUGGCAUUGGUGCUUACCUAUCACGUCAUGGAAAGCGGUGCAUACAACGGCUUGAUCAGCAAAUUAUUCAGACUGGUAUCUCUGCACUGAACAAGCUUCUGGAAGCACAAUACCCUGCCUUGCCGCUUCAAGAACUAAAUUCUUGUGCUUUGAAGAAAGUCUCGAGGUCCCAAAUUCCAGUAUCGAUUUCUUGUAGGAGCUCCAUCAAAAAGACCAAGUCGGAGUUGAACAGAAAACAGAUUGAGCAAUGUUCUAUCUAUGUCUUCCUCUGA